AUGGAGAUCCAGACGCCAAUGUUGCACCAUAAUCCGUACGAGAUAGUGAAGAGUGAGCCGCCAUCGACGCCGAAUACAUUGAUCAAGAGUUCAUGUCAGUUUUUACCUUUUUUUCUUGUUUUCUUCUCUCUAUCUCUCUCUUUCUCAUUCUCUCUCUCUCUUUCAUUUUGCACUCACUCAUUUCUUCUCAAAAAUGACGGAGAGCAGCACCCCACUCUUUCUCACUCACAUUCACUUUUAAAACCGAACCCAUCCAAUUUUCACCUGCUUUUCUUUUCAAAGUGUAACCUUGGCAUUUCAGACUUGGAGAACCAGGCUGAAGUGAUGUUCGGCAACUUCCAAAUCCAUCCGGGCUUUUGCACCCAGGUUGUCACCAACACGGACCCUCUUAACAAUAACAAUCAGCCGAAAACAAACGCAAAUGGACGGGCGCUGGCCGCCGACAGAAAACGACCGUACCCGUGUACGCUUUGCUCGUCGAAAUUCGGAUCCAAGAUGGAGCUGGAAGAGCAUCAGAAUUCGCACACCGGUCAGAAACCUUUUGAAUGUGAUGUAAGCCAAUACUAGGUUAAAGUUAAGUUUAAGCAAAAAAUACCAUUUCAGACUUGCAACGCCCGAUUCAACCGCCGGUCGACGCUCUGGAAUCACAAACGGAUUCACUCGGACGCGAAGCCGUUCGUUUGUACCGUAUGCCAGAUGACAUUCAAGUGGAAGAACAGUCUUAAGGUUAGUGUAGUGACUUGUUUGCUCUUAUUUGAAGGAAUGGGUCUAAUUGCUAUGUUUCUUAUCUGUUACUCAUCGCAGAAAUAGAAAGGAAAACUGUUUGUCUAACAUGCCUAGUUCAUGUAAGUUUGAUUUCUGUCGUGGUGUCCAAGUGUUGUAGUUUUCAGUUGUUUUGAAAUGUUUCAAAGAGACUAAUCGUCGAUUUUCAGUGUCAUAAAGAUAUGCAUCAGCGUAAAAAUGAGACUUCCGCUCAUUUGGACAAUGACCUCCGUCAGCUGACAUAUGCCACUGCCGCGAAGAGAAAGCUGGUAUGUCCUCUCCUUUCUCCUCUCAAAUUAGACCAAUCUCAAUACCACUUUCAGCAGAUGGAACAAGAAGAGAACGGUGUACUUCCGGCGUCCUCUUCUGCCGCUUCAAUCAACUCGAACCCGCUGAUCACGACAACAUCUGGAGCCAAAAAGCGAUCCAAGUCGUUCAAGGGCACCAAGAGCAACUCGUCGUUGAGCCAAUCUCUGAGCCAGGUGCAUCUCGGGCAGCCACUGCAGGCCAGUGCUCUCGUGCCACCAAGCGAUCAUCAAAUCGACCUGGAUACCACUUCGCUGGAUUCGCUGGUUCAGAACCAGAAUCAAAGUUUGCUGAUGCAAAUCUAUGGGUUAGUCCGCUCACAGUUAAUGCAGUUGGGACAGUUUUUCAGUUUCAGAUACAGUGACAUGGAUGGCCGCCACAACGGCGGAAUGUUGGCACUUGAUGACACGAUGCUCUCGAAUCUGAGUGACUCCAAGAGUGACUCGGGAUCUUCUACGGGAACACUGAACAUCCAGCUUCAAAUGCCAAUUAACAUGCUCAACCCGUUCCGAGGAUUGAGCACCCCUCAACAAUUGGUAAGUUCAAAUUUGGAAAGAUUUAAUUUAUGUCUCAUCUUCCUCACUUUUCAGCCUUCUGUCCACCAUCUCUCGUCUUCUCUGCCAUCGGUCUCUUCCAGUAUGGACUACGGAAGUCUCAAUCAGCACCACGACAACUCGCAGUACAUCGUGACGUCACAACCCGAGAUGAUGCUGAGCCAUCAGCCGGUCUACCAGCACAACGCGUUCGCCACAACCGAAAAGACCACCCAGCACAGCAACCGCUUCAACAUUGACAACUGCGUGAUCCUUCCGACAACCGGACAAGACUACGGCACCUUUGACUACUCGCUGGUCAACCAACAGUAUCAGAUGGCGGAGCAGGUUCACGAUCAGGGAGCCGGAGGUGUGCAGCAGCACUAUGGAGAUCAGAGCCACGGAGGGCACGGGAAGACGGUGCCACAUGAGCAGUGGUAAACGUCAUUCUUGUCCUAAUUAGAUGUCAAACAUCCCUUAUUUCAUUUCCGCCCAAGAUUUCUCUCUUUUCUUACUUUCCUUCCCAGUUGUGACCAGUAUUAAGCCCCUUUCCCCUCUCCCAACCAACAAUUGGUGUCAUUUAAUCUCAUUCUAAAUAUCUAUAACUUAUAUUAUCUGCGCGUGCCUUAUCAAUGAUCUGUUCCUCUUCUUCUUACUUUUAUCCAACUGUAACCUUAACAAACACUCGAUUUCUUUCUCAGAGCACGCAGUGAUCUCUGUGUAGUUCUUUCCAAACUUUUUCUUAACUCAAACCUCUCCGCAAAUUAGUGCCUUCCCCUGUCACUAUCCUGAUGGCCUUUCAUGCUGAAUCGCUCCAAAUCUCCAUUUUUGUUUAGUAUUUAUCCCUCUCCCCUCCACUCAAAUCAACUUUUAUGUGUAUCCCCCUUCCUUCCAGAUUCUACAUUCUGCUUCUGUUUGUACUAUAUGGUAGAUGCGCGUUCUGUUUCUCAGUUUUCAUUCACUCAAAUUAAGUGUGUGCUCAUAUUAACAUUGCCAUUUCCAUUUCACCCCCCUCCCCUCCCCAAACUCUUCCUUCCACACUACAUCUUGUCUCUUUUCCCGUCUUUUUAUCUCGUUUCAUCUCGAUUUCAUUCUUCUCCUCCCCCAACACCUUUCCACUCGUUCUUUAUGCCAUUCAUUUGAAUGAUUUGAAGUAAUAAAUAAAUACAAUUUUUUUCAACAAGCGAAAUGUGUUGAUGAAACAGAAAAGGAGGGGGUUUGGGAGGUGAGAAUAUGGAGAAAAGGGAGGGGGGAAGAGGGAAGAAGAAAGAACGCAGGCAACGCUAGCGCAGCGUUUUCCGUUGUCAUGGACACGAAUACACACUGCGCACGGACUCACUAAGCAUUCGGUCACUUUGCAUUGUCUAUUGAAAUGAAACUCAAGUAUCUAUCGACUAUACUCCCGUCUCAGGUCGGUUUUUUAAUGAAUAAUUUGAAGUUGAACUCACAUAAAUAGUCGGAAUCGUUGAAAAUCUAGAGAAUACAUAGUGGAAACGUUCUUGGAAAAGUUUGAAAAAAUGAAAAUGAGAAACUUUUCUCAUGUCAACAGAUGUUAGUUCCGUCAAAGAAAUUCUUUCCAAUGUAAACAGAGUUGACCCCUUCUGGCCACUUUUUCACUUUUUUGGGCAAAGAGGGUUAGCGGAGAGCAUUUCAUCAAUUUUUGAAACUUUAGAAUCUGAAAUCGUGACGUUUUUUUCGUCAUUAUUCCGAAACUGUGAUAUUUUGCAAUUUAUUUCUGGCUCUGAGGUCCGGGUUCAAAAGUUUUGAAAAGGGAUCAAUUUUCAAGAUUUUUAUUCGGAACUUUACUUUUGUCAUUAAAAUUAGAAAUUAAAAAACGUGAUUUGCAAAGCCUGAAUCACUAAAACUCACAAUUUCGGAGAGAAAAUAGUCUCACAAAUCAUGUUCUGAAAAUUUUAGUACUAAAACAGGUUUUCCAUUGGCCCGGCUCCGACAAAUCUGGAAAAAGUAGGUAAAACUCAUAAACGUUUGAAGCUUACAACAAGACAAUUGUUGCUAAAGUGAAUUUUCAGUAAAACAAGUCGUUUCGUUCUUUUAUUCCAACCAAACGUGUUCCAGGAUGGUGAAGCCAAGAUCCCAAGCAUCGUCUGUGCUCCAAACGGCACCCGUACUGCAAUCGCUUGCGCUGACCGUUCUAUCGCCCUUCUCGAUGAGAACAACAAUCAAAAAGACCGAUUCACAUGCAAGCCGGUUGACUCAAAAGCAAGCUUCGAAUAGUGUAACAGAAAGCUUUCAUCCUCGAUAUUACAGUACGGCAAAAAGUCAUUCACGAUCCUGUGCAUGGCAUUCUCGCCUGAUUCAUCAUGCAUCGCCGUCGGCCAGAGCGACAAUGUGCUUUUCAUCUACAAAAUUGGCGCCUCUUGGUGAGUGUCGUUGUAAAGUUACUUACUUUAACUGUCCGAUGAGUCACACUAAAACGGUUGGCGUAUGCAGGAAUGAGAAGAAAGUGAUUGUCAACAAAUUUGUGCAGCCGUCGGCAGUGACUUGCUUGAGUUGGCCGUUUGAUGAUAAAAUACUCGUGGGACAAUUGGACGGAAAAGUGAGGGACUUUUGGUUUUUCUGAAACGAUGAUGUUUUAGGUAAGAAUUGGACUCAUCAAAACUAACAAAUGCAGCUCAUUGUACAAGACCGAUGAAACUGUGGUUUCUUUGCAAACACAGUAAGUGAAAGAAACUGUAAUUUCAUGAGGAAGUGAAUUUUUAGCCCAAAGAAGACUUCCUUCGUUUCUGCUCACGUGGAUGGUUCUAUAAUUCUGUAUAACUUUGGCAGUCGGACACAGGUUUCUUGUUUUCAGCUCAAAAUGUCCAAAAACCUUUCCUUCUUUUCAGUCUAAAAUCUGUACCCUCCAAGUUCCACCCUACAACUUGACCUAUACAAACCACGGACUGGUAGUCGCCACCGCUGACCGAAGAGUUCUCUCUUACACCGAAAACGGAGUAGUCCAGCAGCAGUUUGACUACAAUGACCAGACAGAGAAAGAGUUCACCGCGAUUGCAUGUGAUCCGACAGCUCAGAAUGUUGUGGUGGCUAGUUACGACAGGUUAGUUUCAGGUUUUCAUGGAAUUUUAAAGUUUUGAUUCUUUUUAAGAAUCCGUCUGUUCUCCUGGUCAGCUAGAAGAGGCGCUUGGGACGAAGGUGCUCCAUUGGACAUUCUCAACGCUUAUAUUAUUGGGGCACUUGGCUGGAAAAUGGAUGGAAGCACUGUUUACGCGGUGAGUUUUCAGAUGUGGCUGCUAUAUUGUAUGUUUGAGAGUUUAGGGCAACAUCUGCGGAGCAGUGUUCUCAGUUGACUGUUGUUUGAAGCGUGGAAUGCUGAAAAGUCGUUUUGAGACCACGUACGUGGCCCCAUCUCAUGUUAUUCUGCGUGAUGUAACAAACGAAUCACGGACUAGUGUGAUUUCCAACAAAGGACUUGCAAUCGACGAACUGAAAAUCAUGGGAAAAGACCGUUUCGUCGUUGGUUACACUUCUUCUACUAUUGUCAUUGCGGACACAGAGUCGCAGAAGUUUUCCGAGUUAGAAUGGCAAAGUGGUGGUCAUGAGAAGUUUUACUUCGACUUCAAUAACUGCUGUCUGAUCAUCAACGCCGGCGAGGUUACUGUAGUGGAGUAUGGUGUGGAUGGACCUCUCGGAUGGGUGAGAACAGAGCUGACCAGUCCGCAUUUGCUCAGUGUGCAAGUGAGUAGCUCGGGAGUCGAGGAUUAUAAAAAAGUGAAGAAGUUGGCUUAUUUGGUGGACCCGACCACGAUUUCUAUUAGUAAGUUUGAGUAACUUGAUUAAAAGCCAAACAAAUAUAAUGUGUCCAGUAAACUUGGAAAACGGUCAGCAAGAGUGUUUCAUCAACCAUCCCGGUCCGAUCGACUGGAUAGAACUCAACGAGCCUGCCACUAAACUUUUGUACCGAGACAAACGAUCUAAAGUCACCCUGGUCGACAUCCAAACUGACCAACGCAGUGUUCUUCUUUCAUUUUGCACCUACGUCCAAUGGGUGCCAAUGAGUGACGUGAUAGUUGCUCAAAGCGGUGAUAACCUCUCAAUCUGGUACAAUCCUGACCUCCCGGAGCAGGUUUCGAAUAUGAAGAUCAAAGGUGAAGUGGAAGCUGUUCUCAGGGAUGCUGAUAGAACUGAAGUUAUUGUUCAGGUAGGUGUUAUUAAAAAUUUGACAAACCUUAUUGACAUGUUUCAGGAACCAACUGCAAAAGUGGCCUAUGAAUUGGACAAUACUCAAAUCGAGUUUGGAGCAGCCUUGGAAAAACGCGAUUUCGACAGAGCCGUAGCGUUUCUGGAGGCGAAUACCGGUGGUUCGGAUGCGUAUUCUAUGUGGACACGAGUUGCGGACUUGGCCUUGGAGCAUUUCAACCUGUUUGUCGCACAAAGAUGUUAUGCAGCAAUUGGUGACGUGGCGAAAGCAAAGAAAUUACAUGUGAGAGCUAGUUUGAGCAGACUGUUUCACAAAUAUGUUUGGCAUUUCAGGAAAUCCAAGAGGACGCCGAUGAAGCAGCCGUCACAAUUGGUGGGGACGGAACUCAUUACUACAAAGUUCGAGCGAAACUGUCAAUUAUGGCUCGCAAGUUCAAAGACGCAGAAAGAACAUUUCUGGAGCAGAAUGACAUCGAAUCUGCUAUUUCAAUGUACACAAAUCUGCACAAGUGGGACGAGGCCUUGGAACUGGCAAAAGUGACCAAUUAUCCCGGAUACGAUCAGCUCAAAACGAGCUAUCUGAGAGCUCUUAGUGAUACCGGACAGGACUCGAAAGCUGCCGAGGUACUGCUGCAGUAAGAUUGAAAACAUUCAGAGAUAUUGUUGCAGCUAAAAGCAUCUGACGGUGAUACAAUGUCUGCAAUUGCGCUCUUCAUGAAAGCGAACAAACCGUUGUCGGCUCUCAGUGCUGCUAAUAAUGACAGUGUUCUGGCGAAUGAUGAGACGGUUAUGAGGCAGAUUGCGGAUUCUCUCGUCAAAUCGCAAUUGUAUGAUAAGGCUGGGGACGUUUACGAAAAACUGAAAGACUUUGAUAACGCUAUUGAAUACUACAAGAAAGGAGAUGCAUACGGAAAAGCCAUUCAGGUUAGUUGAAAUCUUUGUUGAUUUAAAUCGGUAUUCAUUUCAGCUCGCUCGUUUUGCGUUUCCCGAAAAGGUGGUUGUUCUGGAAGAGGAAUGGGGUCGUCACUUGGAGUAUAUCGGGCAGUAUGAUGCUGCAGUCAGUCAUUUUGUCGGUGAGUAUAAUCAUUUUCUGCUUCUACGUCAUUUCUGAUCAUUUUAUUGCAAUUUCAGAAGCCAAUGAUCUGAAAAGCGCUGUGGAAGCCGCAAUUAAAGCGAAAGAGUGGCCGAAAGCACUUUCGGUUUGUAAACUUUCGGAAAAUUUGACAUUUUUAACCGUUUCUGCAGAUUGUGGAAAACAUUCAAGACCAGAAAAUUAGAACUGGGUACUACGGUGAAAUCGCUGACCACUAUUCGAACAAAGGCGAUUUUGAGGUUGACAGAUUGUAAUCCGAUAUUAUUAAUUCAAUGAAUUCAGAGAGCUGAGCGGUUGUUCGUUGAAGCCGGACUUUUCAAUGACGCUAUCAUGAUGUACGGCAAAAACAGUCGUUGGGUUGACGCGUUCCGUUUAUCCGAAGAGUUUCAUGGUAAAGAAGCGACAAUUUCAUCGUAUCUUGCCAAGGCAGAAGAUCUGGAAGAGCACGGAAGAUUCGCAGAAGCGGAACAGCUCUAUGUCAUUGUCGGAAUGCCUCGUAAAGCAAUUCAAAUGUAUGAUCGAGUUGGAAGAGAUGAUGAUGUGCUCAGAUUGGUGGAAAGAUAUCAUGGAGAGCACUUACAGGCGAGACUUUUCUUUAAAAACAAAAAUGACCAAUCUGUUUCAGGAAACGAGAAAACGCUUUGCAUCUCAAUAUGAGGAACGUGGUGAUUUGAGAGCUGCAGAGGAAGAAUUCCUUAAAGCUGGCGACUUCCGAGCUGCGGUAAACAUGUACAAGGAGAACGAACUGUGGUCGGACGCGUUUAGAAUUGCCAAAACCGAAGGCGGAGAAAACAUGGAGAAACAGGUACUGAUUCAAAUUUAUCGAAAAUUAGGCCAAUUUAUUUUUACUAGGUUCUGUUCCUCUGGGCCAAAAGCUUGGGCGGUGAUGCUGCUGUGAAGUUGCUGAACAAACAUGGAUGGUUGAUUGAGGGAAUCGACUUUGCAUGUGAAACCGGUGCAUAUGAUUUGGCAUUCGAUUUGGCAAGAAUUGGAGCGAAGGAGAGAUUGCCUACGGUGCACGGAAGGUUGGCUUCGCAGUUGGAGGAAGAAGGAAGACAGGAAGAUGCGUCGAAGCAUUAUAUUGAAGGUGGGCUUGAUUAAUUUUUAAAACAUUCAAAGAGAUUUUCAUUUCAAGGCAACCAACCGGAGCUUGCGGUCGAGAUGUUCAUCCGUGACAACGACUGGGCAGCGGCCGAGAGGGUUGCCAAGGAGCACUGUCCCAAUCUUCUGCCGGAUGUGUACGUCGGUCAGGCUCGGCGAGCAAUUGAAGAAGGCGAUCAUCUUAGAGCAGAAACGUUCUUACUUCGAGCCAACAAACCGGAAAUUAUUCUUAGGUAACGAUUCAAGUUUUCGGAGAUAAUAGCAAUUUAUGUACUGUUCAGAUACUUUUCUGAGAACGAAAUGUGGCCAGAUGCAUUGCGAAUCGCGCAAAACUACUUGCCGCAUCAAGCCGCUUUGAUACAGGAAGAAUACGAAAAGUCCGAGCUGAGAAAUGGAGCAAGAGGAGUGGAAUCGUUUGUUGCUCAGGCCAAAGAAUGGGAGAAACAGGGCGAUUGGAGAAAAGCGGUUUCUGCGCUGUUGAGAGUCAAUAGCUCAUCGACUGAAGACAUUAAAUUGAUCAAAACAUGCACUGAAAAAGCGGCGGACUUGACAAUGAAGUUCCUUAUGGGAGACGAGGAGGUAGUCAGAGCCAUUCCAGACAAAAUAAACACGUUUUUUAUUAAUUUCAAUUUGCAGUACGUCACUGUCGUUCUUGGCGCUCUGGACGAUGCGGAUUGCAACGAGAAGGCUGCCGAACUUUUGCUUCUCUUCGGACAAACCAGACAAGCCAUCAACGCAUUGUGUCGGGCGAAACAGUGGAGUAAAGCCAAACAAGUACAUACUUUGGGUUUUGCAGGAUAUAUGAUUAAGACUAACUUCUAGGUGGCUGAGGAAUACCUGCCUGACAUGAUACCUGAAAUUGAAAAGAUCUACAAAGAAAGCUUGAAAAAUGAGGGACGACUUGGAGAGCUGAUUGAUGUGGAUGUGGUCACCGCAAUCGACAUGAUGAUUGAGAAUGAUCAAUGGGAUAAGGCUUUGGAGACUGCCAGAUCUCAGAAUGUUCGUUUGAACAAAGAAUCGAUUGUCUCACUAAAUACUACUGUUCUUUUCAGUAUCGACCUCUUCUAGACAAGUAUGUCGCACAAUACGCUGCGAUUCUCGUCCAUCGCCACGACUACACUAGAGUAAUCGCAACUCUUGAAAGAUUCGGAGCAUCUGCUAACCCAGCCAACUUCUCCAUCUACAAAAUGCUUCUCGAGGAAGUUCUAUCCAAACCACGUUUCGAAUACUCUGAGAUCGCCAGAAUUCGUAAUGUGCACCUGGAUGUGUUCAUCGCGCUCAAAAAAGAAAGUUCGCCACAUCUUCAAGAGUUCAACAGAUCUCUCUGGGCUUUGCAUCUCCUGGCCAUGCGUUCAGCUCUUGAAGAGCUGGCAGAUUCUGUUCCUGAAGCUCCCAGGCUUUGUUUGAAGCAAUCUCUCUCGCUCUUGAGAUACUCCGACAUUCUGCCGCCUGACCGCAUCUUCUAUGAAGCUGGAUCGGCUGCCAAAGACGUGGGAAAGGAGUACGACUCGUUGGGUUUUCUGUUAUUGAACCAUUACUUGGACUUGGUGGAUGCGAUUGAAGAGGGAAACGGUGAACUGGUUGAUUACAGUCCGUUUGAGAACAGUGACAUUCCGACAGAGGUGUCAUUACCAACUAAACAGUGGUUGGAGGUGAGCAAAACUUUCAGUUGUUUAUUUUGCGCAGAAAAAUAUAUUCAAAUGGCUGUACAGGCGUUAGGAACGAUCCAUGGCAAAGCAUCAUACUCUUGAAAUAAGUCUACUACCACCUUAAUUGCCCAUAAACUAACAUUUGCCACUGUGACAUUUAUCACCAUUGCAAAAUGAUAAAGAACAGUAAAACUUCAUCUAUUUGUAGCCAUGUGAUCACUACACGAAAACCAGCCGAACCCAAUUGUCACAUGCCCCCAUCUUUUAUUGUUUGGUUUCAGAGCGCCAAACACGAGGACAUCAAGGAAUGGGUUCUGGCCGCUUCAGUCGACGAUUCUCACACAAAGGAUCUGAUUUAUGAUAAGCGGCGCGUGUUCGAAGCAUCGCUGAAUGAUAAUCGCGGCGGAACAGCCGAACCGUGUCUGGUCACCGGCUACCCAGUCAUCGACCAACCGAUUCAUAUUGGAACAAUGGUGGCGGAGAAGGACAAUCUGAACAAGUACGUCUGUGGUCAUGGUUUCUGAUCGCUUAUCAUUCGACUACCGUAAUCCCUCGCCGCUUAUUCAAUUCUGCUGUUUUUCAGGUUCCUAAUUGUUAUCAAGAACAAUCAGACCGAGAAUUUAUUGAAUGUGCAGAACUUUGUCGUCAAAUGGGCUGGAUCACCGUUGGCCAUUGCGCUUUGA